AUGCCUGAACAAGCAUCCAGUAGUGAAUCAACGAAAUCGGUCACACCACCACCGAUUGAUAAUACUAAUUCAAAAAAAUUUGUAUUGUUACCAGCGGCUCCUUCACAUUCUCCACUGAAAAUUACGCGAAUGAUGAUCGGAGAUACAUUAACACAAUUCAAAAUGGCUCCCGAAUAUUUUGUACCCGAUGAUCAAGAAUCGGUAUCGAAGGACAUUAUCUAUCAAGACGGCAAUGUCGAUGAACAAUCAUACAUUACCGUGGCACGUUAUCGAACAAUGAUGGGCGAACCAACCGAUUUUAAAAAUAAACCACUUCAAUUAGGUGCUAAUUCAGUAGAAACGCUCAUAUUAGCACUUGACAAAUUUUCUCAACAUUUUGAUGGUGAAUUAAAUUUUUCCAAAAACGAUAUACCAUUUCAAUAUAGUUCACAACGUGCUGUUUGUGGUAUGGCCGAUUUUGGUAGUAUCCUAAUACUUCUUGCUGAUAUCAUACCGACGGCUAAAUUCGAAUUUCAAAUGAAAAAUUUUGAUUAUGAUGAAUUGGCACAAUCGCGUGAUGCGAUGGAAAAAUUUGCACUAGAUUUUUGUGCAGCAAUAUGCGGAAUACUGCAAUGUGAACCGGAUUAUAUUCGACUGUUUUCCAUCGAGAAAUCCAAAGAUGAACUCAAAAUGCUUAAUCUGACAUUUGGGUUAACAACACCGGUUCUAGACGAAACAGAAAAAUUGGCUAAAAAUUUACAGAUUCAAGCUCAAUCUGGUUUUACGGAUAACGAUAUUCUAAAAGAUGUCAAACAAUGUGAAUACGAAUGUAAAUGGAAGACGAUUAUAGAGUAUUUCAAUAUACAAAAACCUGAUCUCGAUCCUCGAUACAACUUUGACUACAGAAAACCCGGCGUAUCGAAACAAGAGAGUCGUGGUAAUGAACCGUACUAUUUACCAAUCGGUUGGUAUCGUCAUGGACUCAAGGUGGAUAAUAAAUAUGCAGGUGAUAUUGCUUGGCUUGGUCGUGUCAAUGCUGAAGGUGAGUGGCCGGUUGCUUUUCACGGUACAAAUAAAAACGCAGUUCUGGGGAUUACGCAAGAAGGUCUACUAGCCAGCAAAUCUGCACGAGAUAUAAUGAAAGAUGAAGCCAUCAAACAAAUGGGUGAAGAGGCAGAUCGUCCAGGAAUCUAUCUAGCAACACAUUGCAAUGAUGGAGCCGACAAAUAUGCUGAUUCAUUUACAUUUCCAAUACGAACUGAAGAGAGUGCAACAUUUCAGGUCGUUUUUCAGUGUCGUGUGCAACCCCGCAAGUUCACAAGGCAUACAGGAGUGGUCACUACCGGUGAAGCUUGGCGUUUUGUUGAUGAAAGCGCGAUUCGGCCUUAUGGCAUUUUACUGAAGGAAAUUGUCUAA